CAAAGACUCGGGCAGCGUUUGGAGUCUGAAUAUCAAGAUUUCUCCACGUCCCUUCCCUUCGCCAAGAAACCUACACUAUAUAGAUAGAUACAUACAACCGUAUAUGUAAACCUACAUGUAAAAACAUCACCGCUUCCUUCUUGUAUGUCUGUCGCUGUUUCAUGCAUUGGGCUGUGCUGUUUCAAUCCCCACCCCUACAAUCCCCACUGAAUUCACUGCCAUUCUUUUGUUGCUGUCACUGGAUAUAGAGAUUCAUCCAAUCCAAAACUUCCUUUUCUUCCACAGAUCUUGAAUCUUUCGCACAUUGAGUUUUUUCAUCUCUGCAAUGGGGUUGGAGAGAAAAUCAAGGGUGUGCCCGGUUGAUCGGCAUUGCGCUGAAUGGGCAAGAAGGUACAUGGGGUAUUGUCUUUGCAGCACAAAAGACGGAUUUUCAUUGUCACUGGGGUUAAUUAGUGUGUUGAGUUGGGGCGUGGCAGAAAUUCCUCAGAUCAUCACCAAUUACAAGAAGAAGUCUGCAGAGGGACUCUCCAUUCUGUUUCUUUGUACAUGGAUAGUUGGAGAUUUUCUCAACCUUUUUGGCUGCAUGCUAGAGCCUGCAACUCUUCCAACGCAAUACUAUAUGGCAAUGCUAUACACAGUAACUACCUUAGUUCUAUCUACACAAGCUGUAUACUAUGGACACAUUUAUCCACGACUGAAGUCAAACAAAAGGCUGCAGGAGGCUGUGCAAGCUGGAGCUCCAGAAUGGAGAAGAGAGCACAAUUAUGGUCUUGAUGCUGGACAAGUCAAUAACAGAGAGAGCUGGGGAUUUUCUCCAAGCUCACCUAUUCCUCUUCCGUUAAGCUCUCCUACUAGUAGUGAAGAAGUAUUCUUUAUGUCAGCAAGAUCUCUUUCAGUUAGUCGUACACCUACUCUAGGAUCUUACCCGGCUCUGAGAACUCCUUCAGAUGUUGAAAGAAAUUGUCCCAGUGAACCUUUGCUAGGUGAAUUUAGGUCAACGCAGUCUGCUCCUCCUCCGAAAAUCAAAACGAUGCUAUGUGUGGUUUCCUUGAUAACAUUAUUACUUGGUAGCUUCAACAACCAACGUGCAGAAAGCCAUAAGAACAUGAUCUUUAAAAGUCCAACAAGAGGCAUUGUGUUGAAAGUGAGCAGACAACUUUUGGAGGCAAAGGCAGCUAAAGGUUCUGUACAAGAAACUUUGGACCCAGAGAGCAGCGGGAUCGGAUCAUUCCUUGGUUGGGGAAUGGCAGUCAUUUAUUUGGGCGGACGUCUUCCCCAAAUUUGCCUAAAUAUUAGAAGAGGAAAUGCAGAGGGGCUUAACCCACUAAUGUUUGUCUUUGCUCUUGUUGGAAAUGCGACCUAUGUGGCAAGCAUCCUUAUCAGUAGCUUACGCUGGUCGAAUAUACGACCCAACCUCCCAUGGCUUGUGGAUGCAGGAGGAUGUGUGAUUCUUGAUACAUUUAUACUCAUGCAGUUUAUUUACUAUGGAUAUCGAUCAAGGAGUGAAGCUGACAAGUAUGUUUCUUGAAGUUUCUGACAUCAUGAGUAGACAUCAAUUUCGGUUGGUGGAUGUCGACACUCGUCAAGAAGCGAGCCACAACGGGCAGAGAUGCUUCUGAUUGCAUGAAGAAUCAGACUUCCUUGAGCUAGAGGCAGCUCCUUCUUCAUCAUUUCUAGAUCUUAUUUACUAAGGAUUU